AUGUAUCUCCCACGCCAGCAGAUCGCACAACUAUACAUCCACCUGACCCGGAGCACGCACCCAUCCUCAGCACCCGUCUUGAUUCUCACCUCUCUCACCGUAGACAGCCUAUGCGCGACACGAAUCCUCGCCAGCCUGCUCAAGCGCGACUUCAUCCCGCAUACCAUUGUGCCUGUCGCCGGCUACUCGGACCUCCAACGCGCUGGACUCGAACAGGUCGUGCCACUUUCCCGUCCGGCUGGCGGCGAUGGCGGUCUAGUCGUGUGCUUGGGCCUGGGGGGUGCUGUUGCUUUGGAGGAGGUCCUUGGUCUGGAAGGUGGAGAAUCUGGGAUUGAAAUAUGGGUUAUUGACUCUCACCGGCCAUUGAACCUCGACAAUGUCUUUGGGAAUCUAGCAGCCGCAAAACAACAUGCAAUUGUCGAAAGACCAGGCGUACGGGAAGGACAAAUCCUUACAGGUUACAAGCCUGGAAAAGGUGGAGUGAUCAUAUGGGACGAUGGUGAUCUGGAGGCAGAUUUACAACAUGAAAAGGAGGCAUACUUCGCGCUGCAGGACAUGCCGGAGAUUACAGAGGAUGAUUUAUUGCAUGACGACGACGAUGAUGAUGACGAGGAGGAGGAAAACCGUCCGGUGGACUCGGACGAAGCCAAGGAUUCGCCUGGAAGCGGGCAGAAACGGAAGAGGGACGACUCUUUGGACGACUCCGAUAGCGAGUCUUCGGAUCUUGACGAGGAGCAAGGUCGGGCCCGACGACGGCGUCGAAGUAACUCGCGAUCGUCGAUACCCAUCCCUUCAUCACCUGGCGGCAACCCACUCUCAGCGCAAGUUGACAUCAAUUCUACACCUCCUCCAAUAGCAUCAUCACCUCCCAAAAGGAAGGAACUGUCGACCAAGCAAUUGCGAAAGCAGCUCCUCAAGCUACGGCGCAAGCAUGAAGCAACACUAGACAAAUACUAUGACCUGGGUACGCAUGCCGCAGAACCUGUCAGCAGCAUGCUUUACUCACUUGCCUCUGAGCUCGGUCGGGAAGACAACGAACUGUUAUGGCUGGCCAUCGUCGGCGUAAGCUCGAUGACCACGUCACCUUCUGGUCCUGGCAAGCGAGCAAAUCAGAUCCGCCUUGUACUGCAAGACGAAGUCCGCCGUCUGAACCCAAUUCCAGACUCCGAAUUGCAAAGAUCACAAAGCGUGGAAGCUAUUAUCCCAACGACAGCAAGAAGUCCAACAGAUACCAGCAUUCGAUUGUCACCAGAACCUCGCUUCCUGCUCAUCCGGCAUUGGAGUUUGUAUGAUUCAAUGCUACAUUCGCCAUACCUGGCAACCCGACUACACGUCUGGUCAGAUGUAGGGAAGAAGCGGCUUCACAAACUUUUGGCCAAGAUGGGAGUCAGCUUGCAGGAAGCCGGCAAAGGAUAUCUGCACAUGGACUCCGAGUUGAAGCGCACUCUACGAAAACGAAUAUUGAAGUUCGCCGAGCAGUACAAUCUCGAUGGCCUCGUACCCGGCGACAAUGGCCGUGGUGGAAUGGAAGGCUGGGGCUUCGUCCGAUCGUGGGGAUGGAGAGGCACUCUGAGUGCUGAAGAUGUCGCUGUAGUCGUGGGUGCAAUUCUCGAAGUCGGCAUCGACACGGAUAUCACUUCCAGCUUCAUACUCGGUGCCCGCUCUGCCCCCGAACCGACCUACAAUGCCCGCGUGCGCACCCUUCCCACACCACCUCACUCAUCCGACGACGGACAAGAGCAAGACACCUCAGCACCCGACGUACCCGACUACGUCACACGCCGCUUCUUCCGCGCCUACGACUCCCUUGCGCCUGGGAAGGGCCUCGCCACAAUGCUCGAAAACUUGCCCGCCGCUCAGAACCUCUACAAAGCCAUUUUAAGAAUGGGCUCCGCCCUCAUCAAUAAACGCCAAAUCCGCCACCUCCGCGCCUUUCGCAUGGCAGUCGUAAAAGAAGGCCCAGACGUCCCACUCUUCACCCACCCGGGUGCCCUCGUCCGACUCGCAGCGUGGGUCGGCGAAGCGGUAGCCGUACUCGAAGGCGAAAAAGGCCGGCGAGCGAACAAACGCCAUAACGAAGCGCUAGUGCUCGGCGCACUGGAUGAAAGUCGAGGAGUGUACGUCGUCGUUGGCACGGGCGGCGGGAAUGGCUGGAAUGGAAGCGGCAAGGCGAUUCGCUCGAAAGCGGAGAUUAAAGAGCGGGAGGAGAAGAAGAAGCGGAAAGCGGCGGAUCAGGCGGCGAGGAAAGCGGAGCAGUCGAGGAAGAGGGAGGAACAGCGACGACUGAGGAAGGAGCGGAACGCGGCGAAUGGAUUGUUGGACUCGGAUGAUGAGUCUGAGUCGGAAGUGGAGACGGAGUCGGAGGGUGAGGAGACGAGUGACUCGGAUGAGUCGGACGGGGAGGAGGAGGGUGGUAAGAAGAAGAAGAUGCAGGGGUUCAAUCGUUUUGGGCAGGCAUUUCAGGAGGUUGUGGAGGAGACGGGGUCGAGGGUGAGGAUCGAUUCGUUUGAGCAUAGUGUUGUCGAGGUGAAGAAGGAGGAUCUGGCAGGGUUCUUGGAGGCGUUGAGUUUGAAGAGUGUGACCAAACUCACCACCUACAAAAUGUCUCUCGCCAUCGGCGGCGCAGGUCUAGGAAUCCUCUUCGAGCGCGUGAGGGAGAUGCUCCAGGACUCCAACCAGGGAAAGUCCAAGAAGUCGAAGUCGUCGAAGACGUCCAGAGAAUUGUCAGCGAGACACGCGGGUCACCUUCCGCUUAGAAUGCUCGCUCACUUCGUCCUCGCGAAGCAAAUUGGCGAUGGCUUGGUGAUCAUCAAUCUCGCCUCGAAGUAA